GUAGCGUAGAGGUGCUAGUGUCGAAGCUAUCCGUGUUUUUUUACGGAUGAAUUCUUAAUUUAAUCAUUUAUCUAUUGUUCUUUGUAUUUUCGUGAACGAUUUUGGAUUUUUCAACUAUUUGAUCAUAUUUUCCUGUCACGUCAACGGUGCUUUUAAGGGCGAAUUGGAAAUAUUUAGGUUACCAGUCCAUCAUGAGUUUCUCCCCGUCUCUUGGUGUGGAGGAGCAUGGGGCCCCACGCUACGCACAGCUGUAAGGAUUGUCUGCGGGGACGCAUCAUGUCCGGGGCGGGCAACGGCUCCGGGUCCGGGUCCGGUAUGGACAACCUGAUGCACAACGGCUCGCCAGACGGGCCGACCGGGGAAGUGCCAUUCAAACGCUCAAAGCGCUUCAAGCCGUACACGAGGCCCUCAAGUAUCCCUAGGAAUGUCAGCAAUGCCAUUGAUCGGGAGCAACAAGUCAUGUCAAUGCCAUGGUUUGGAAUGGACAUUGGUGGCACCCUGGCGAAAUUGGUUUAUUUUGAGCCUAAAGAUAUCACUCCAGAUGAGGCCAAUGCUGAGGUAGAAACUCUGAAAAAUAUCCGCCGAUACUUGACCAAGAACUCAGCAUAUGGUAAAACUGGUCACAGAGAUAUUUAUCUACAGAUGGACAAUGUUGAAGUAAGAGGUAGAAAAGGCUCAUUGCAUUUCAUUCGAUUUCCAACAAGUGAAAUGGGUAAUUUUUUGGAACUUGCGAAGUCGAAAGGUAUGGCUACCCUGGUUACCACAGUCUGUGCAACUGGAGGUGGUGCAUUCAAAUUUGAGGAUUCAUUUCAGAGGGAAGUUAACAUGAAAUUGAUGAAGUUUGAUGAGUUGGACUCACUUAUUCGUGGCAUUCUCUAUAUUGAAACUAACAACCCUAAAGAGUGUUAUUAUUUUUCUGAUCCUACUUCUGAUGAAAAUUGCCAGAAAGUUCCUUACGAUUUAUCUAACCCAUAUCCAUUCCUGCUUGUUAACAUUGGAUCAGGUGUUAGUGUGCUUACAGUGCAAGGGCCAAAUCAGUACAGAAGAAUAACAGGAACAAGCCUUGGUGGAGGAACAUUCCUUGGAUUAUGUUGUCUUUUGACUGGCUGUAAUACUUUUGAAGAAGCUAUUGAAUUAGCAACUGGAGGUGACAACACAAGAGUUGAUAAGUUAGUUAAGGAUAUAUACGGAGGUGACUACGAAAAACUGGGCUUACCCGGAGAUCUUGUUGCAAGCAGUUUUAUGGGUGUCUGCAGCUUUGGCCAAAUGAACACAAAAGAGAAGAGAGCUACAGUUUCCCGGGAGGACCUCGCCAGGGCGACUCUUGUGACCAUCACCAACAACAUUGGCUCAAUAGCAAGAAUGUGUGCUUGUAAUGAAAAAAUUAACAAUGUGGUCUUUGUUGGUAACUUCCUCAGAGUAAAUCCCAUCUCCAUGAAACUGUUGGCUCAUGCGAUGGAAUACUGGUCCAAAGGCACUCUGAAAGCUCUCUUCCUUGAACAUGAGGGCUACUUUGGAGCAGUUGGAUGCUUACUGGGGUUCAAUGGUUUCAUCAGCUGAUACCAAUGCAGGACAGGAAUUCCUGGUCUGCUGACGUCCCAGAACAUUCCUGACAUUCAGUACCUGCCUUACCUUCUGUAAGUGAAUUGUUACAUUAAUAUUCUCAGAGAAACAGAAACAAUGGUUUUGUGUAGCAUAUCUUACGAUAAUGCAGUUUAAGCAAAGUCAUUCAUUCACUUGUGAAGAGUUAAAGCAGUGACAUAUUUCUCUUCCCUGUGUCAGAGUGAAGGGUAAUGUCGGUUACUGAAAAGUGAUGACCUUGCACCUAAUUGUUAACCGCAACCAAUGAAUAUGUACUCCUAUCAGCAUUUAGAAAGGAACUGCUGAAUUUCCAUUGUAGAUCUCUGUAUAUUUUUUCUCAAGGUAUAUAUGAGCUGUAGUUCCAUUUUGGUUUCAAUUGCUAUGAGAUAUCUUACGGUAAUAUUUUACGGCUAAGCAGCUUCAAUUUAAAUGGAAAAAAAUAUAGAAUUGUAAAUUAAUCAUAAGAGGGGACUUUCUGGACCCCUCAUAAAAUCUUUCUUUUAAAGAAACAUGUGUUUAUGGUUUUUGUUUGCCAAAGUUCAAUUGUUUUUAACUUAAGCUUAACUUUUUUAAUUUUUGUCAGAACCAGUUCAUAAUGCUUUCUUAUUAACAAUAGCAAGCUAUUGUUUAUAAAUAUUGCUCUAGUGUAAAAUUAAGUUCACAUAAGAUUUUGAACUAGUAAUAUUUAAUUCUGAAGAUUUGCCAUUGGUUGGAUCAUGUUUGCUGACUUUUGUUGUUACAUUAUAGGUUGCGGGUAAAUGAAGGAGAGAGGUGAAAAUCAUAUUUGCAUGCAUUUUAAGCGAAUGCCUUCAGAAAAUUGCUUUCCUUUCAUACAGAUUUGCAAAAAAUUUAAUUCUAUUCUUUUAAUUUCCUUUGCGAGUUUUGUGGUUAAAACCACUGUACAAGAAGAUUUUGUAAAGUUACCACUGCACAAAGCCAAAAGCAUUGUAUCUACUUGAAUCUGAUUGUGAUCAAUACCAGUAUUUUAUAUUGUUUGGCACACAAUUAAGCAUUUUAUGUAUUCCAUUGAUUUCAAUCUCAAUAUAUUUCAAAACAGUUAUAUACUUGUCUAGAAAAUUGGGUGCAGGAAGCCUAUAUUUUAUUGUCUUAAGAUCUUUUUAAAAUCUUUUUUCAGUGUGACAAAAUUGUGGUACUCCUAACAAAAAAAAUUCUUUUUACUCCAGUUUUGAGUUUGGCCUACUUCUUGCUGGCAAGAGGUUUAGUGUUCCAAUGCUGGAAGACUGACUGUAAUUUGUAGGUAAACUUUGGGAACCACUCUUUCUCUGUUUCUAACAUUCUUUGAACAUUGAUAUACUGUAAUAUCAAUAGUGGUUACAUUCCUUGUGUAUGUGGUGAUUCUUCUCAUAAGUUUAUAUGCCUAUUAUUACUUGUCAGUAUCCUUUCUCACUAUUCUAACUCAGGUUUGCCUCUGUUUGACUGGUUUUUCCUGUGAUUUCCACACCCUUAAAUCUGAUGUCUUGGUGAUCCUUUGUGAUACUGUGGUGGAAGUGAGCUGAAAUAAACAGUAGAGUAGGCUGCUGACAUAGCACCCGGUGUCUAGGAAUUAACCAGUCAUUCGGAUUUAACUAUCUUAAAUAAAAAUAAAAUUUAGUUCGUCGUCAUUGUUACUUUUACUGUGAGUCUUCAUUUUUUUAUAUUUUUGACCUAUUCAGUUACCCCAUUAAAAACUGUACAUUUGGUUCAUUUGUUUUUUUGCUAUUUAUAUGUUUGCUCAAAGCUGAUUGAUGUAUGUAUAUUGUUUUGUGUAAAUGGGCUCCGUACCAAAGGUAUAUGUCAUAUUUAUUUAAAUAAGGUAAAAUGUUUAAUUUAUUACACUCUGUUCAUACAGAAGAAAUCCGCCAUCAUUCUAUUGAUAAGUGAAGGCACUUUUGUAGAUUCACUUUGUGAAUGGCUAUCUUGAAACCAGUUAAUUUUUUGUUGACACUCUUAUGUGUGUCUGCUGGCUGAAGUGCCAUAUUGUUCAAAUCUAAUCUAAAAGAUGUUCAAAUGAGGUGUCACGACUUAUGUUGAUUUUGCAAUUCUCUUUAUGGCUUUUCAUAGAAAACUUCUUCUUGGGAAAACCCCUUUGACUUGCCUAUUGUUUGCAAAAUGAAGUCUGUUAAACAUAUCAAGUAGUGUUUGUCAUUUAUGUAGGUUUGGAACUGUGAUCUUGUGGCAUAGCAUGUUCUUUACAAUUUUAAAUUUCUAAUUGUAGUUAGUGCUUUGUUCAUAUAAAAUUUAUUCUUUUAUAUACUGGCUGUACAUGGGACCUAGAGCCUAAAAAAGAUUUUGAUUCUACUGUAUUGUAACCAACAAUUGGUCCAAAAUUCUCUAGGGGUUUGUCUAAGAUGCCGUUUUUCAGCAUAUUUGUGUGACAUAAUGUUACACUACUUUGGGAACAGGCUUUGCUGUAAGACAUGCCUUUUUAUGCAUUGGAGAUUGUCCAUGCUUUUAAGUUCCUUUUUGAUGAUUAUCUUACAAGUUUUAUUGAUGUGUGUUGAAAAGAAGUAGAUUAAAGUUUUUGUUGAAACUGUGAGUACUUUAAUCACAGUAAACUAAAAAAGUUUGGAUUUGGAUUGUCUGUAAGUUAAGUGGAGAGAUCAGUUGAAUUUUGAGAUCAAGCUUUUUUCAAUGUUCAAAAUUGAUUUGUUUCCUGUUCAAAAUCUAUUACAAGCAUAUGAUGAUCAUUCAAUCAAUGGCGUACUUGAUUACAUUUUACAGUUAGGUAAAUAAAGAGCAUUUUGUGAUCAUACUUGUUAAUAUGAUUGGUAAUUCAGUCUUGGAUUAAGGAGCAAGGGCAUGUCUGUCCCGCUUUUAUUAUGUACUUUAUGUACACUGCAUUAAAGGAUUGUCAACCCACUUGGGUGUGAUUAGUUAAUAUUGUUGUUAUUGUCCAAAUGUACGCUGAAAACAGCUAUUUUGCAAUAAAACAUACUUGUAAUA